CCGUAGGGACCCAUUAUGCCGAGACACACACCCAGAGAAGCAUGACAAGCUGAGUUGUCAACAUAGCGCAAUGAAGAUGUUUGGGAGAUGGCGAAGCAGCAUCCAAAGCAAAUAGAUUGGUACUCAGUUCUCGGGGCAAGUCCAAACGAUGGGUUACAAGAAUUGAAGCAGAAAUAUCAGAAGCUUGUCCUUCUGUAUCACCCGGACAAGCAAGGCCUGGACGUGGCACCAGGGGAUGCUGAUCAACGCCUGCAGCGGUUCAUCGAGGUGGACCAGGCCUGGAAGAUCCUAAGCAACGCAGAGACAAAGAGAGAAUAUGACCUACAGCUGCGUGCCCAGGAGCUGAAGCAGAGCUGGCCUGUGGAUGCUCAAGUCUCCCUUGAGGACAUGGACUGGGACAGUGACACUCAGUCAUACACUUAUGGCUGUCGUUGUGGUGGGGAAUUCAUCAUCGGGACAGAGGAGAUGGAAGAAGAAGCCAUUGUGUGCUGUGACACCUGCUCCCUCAGCAUUGAGAUUAAGAGGACUGCAUGAAAAUGAAACACACACACACUGACUUAUUGAAGAGGCCAUCCUGGAGAUUGAUUUUCUUUUCAACUGGCUCACAGGAGAGCAGAAGUUUCACCAUCAUGAGUCAUAUCCAUCCCAGACAUUUUUUCAAAAGUUUGCCUUAUUAUGAAAAUGUAGUUUUUUAUGUAAAUUAAAGUGAAAAGGUAAUACCUA